GCAUCAGUUGCAGAGAGAGGAUGGAGUAGCGUAGGAGGAAGAGCAUUGGACGGCUGGGGGCGGUCACAUGACAGUGACAGCAUGUGCGCUUUAAAAGAAAGGAAAAUAGAGUUGGGCAUGAGAUGAGGAUCGGAGACGACAUCUGCAAACUAACUGCGUCUCAUUUCUCUGCUCCUGCUCUUAUCUGCUUUUUUAAAUGCUUGCUUUUGUCUUCUUUUUUUUUUUACACAAACACGGGUGAAAUAACUAAACUAUUCAGUUUCUGCAGAAUAAAGGCACAGCCCUUCACUGCGCUCGUCUUGAUCACAAUAGAGGGGAAGAGCGUCCAAUCAGAGAUUCACUCUUUUUAAAAGAGUUGACAAGAACUUCUCCAGGACCAGAACUACAUGGAAACAAGAUGGAAGGAUUCCCAGAAUAUCUGAUGAAAUAAAUCCCUUACUGCCUCAGUCCCACCCUCUGUUUCCUCGUUUCUCGUCAGUAAAGGGGUACAGAAUGGAUGAGCAAAGAUGCCCCUUUCCUCCUCCCCUCAAAACAGAAGAGGACUACAUUCCUUAUCCGAGUGUUCAUGAGGUUCUGGGUCGCAGUAGCCCUUUUCCCCUCAUCCUGCUGCCCCAGUUUGGAGGCUACUGGAUUGAAGGAACCAAUCAUGAGCCCACAGACCCGCCAGAGGCCGAUCACCCUCCCUGUCCAGCCUCCCACAUUAAACUGGAAACAAACAGCACUGCCAAGAUCUACAAGAAGAACUUCAUGGGCAAGGAACACUUUAAUUACUACACGAUGGAUGCUGCCCUCGGCCACUUGGUCUUCUCAAUGAAGUAUGAAGUCAUUGGGGAUCAAGAGCAUCUGCGCUUGAUGCUACGCACAAAAUACAAAACCUAUCAUGAUGUGAUCCCCAUUUCCUGCCUUACUGAGUUUCCCAAUGUGGUUCAGAUGGCAAAGCUUGUUUGUGAAGAGGUAAAUGUGGAUAGGUUUUACCCUGUCCUCUAUCCAAAGGCUUCAAGACUCAUUGUCACCUUUGAUGAGCAUGUAAUCAGCAACAACUUCAAGUUUGGAGUCAUUUAUCAAAAGUUUGGCCAGACAUCAGAGGAGGAGUUGUUUGGGAACAUGGAAGAAAGUCCAGCCUUCAUUGAGUUUCUGGAGUUUUUGGGGACAAAGAUUGAGCUUCAUGACUUUAAAGGUUUUCGAGGUGGACUUGAUGUCACUCACGGCCAGACGGGGAUGGAAUCAGUUUACACAAAUUUCCAUAAUAAGGAGAUUAUGUUUCAUGUGUCCACCAAACUGCCUUAUACGGAAGGAGACUCACAGCAGCUGCAGAGGAAGAGGCACAUAGGCAACGACAUUGUGGCCAUCGUGUUCCAGGAGGAAAACACUCCCUUUGUACCGGACAUGAUCCAAUCCAACUUCUUGCAUGCGUAUGUUGUGGUGCAGGUGGAGAACGCAUGCUCAGACAAUGUUACAUACAAGGUGUCAGUCACUGCUAGAGAUGAUGUACCUUUCUUUGGACCUGCUCUACCUGACCCUGCCAUCUUCAGAAAGGGCCCUGAAUUCCAUGAGUUCCUCUUCACAAAGCUUAUCAAUGCGGAGUAUGCCUGCUACAAGGCUGAGAAGUUUGCAAAGCUGGAGGAGCGAACACGUUCGGCUUUGCUGGAAACACUGUAUGAGGAGCUGCACAUUAACAGCCAGUCCAUGAUGGGUCUGGGUGGGGACGAAGAUAAGCUGGAGAACGGAGGUGGAGGCGGAGGGGGCGGCUUCUUCGAGUCCUUUAAGCGGGUCAUCCGCAGCAGAAGCCAGUCAAUGGACGCCAUGGGUCUCAGUAACAAGAAGUCACACACAGUCUCCACUAGUCACAGUGGCAGCUUUACCCAUAAUCCCGCAGAGAGCCCCAAAACUCCAGGGAUUUCAUUGCUUGUCGCGGGGAAAAGUCCCAGUAAAUAUGGACGCCGAGGCAGUGCCAUAGGGAUAGGAACAAUAGAAGAGUCAUUGAUUAUUCCAGGGAAAAGCCCAACCAGAAAAAAGUCUGGACCUUUUAGCUCACGCCGCAGCAGUGCCAUUGGCAUCGAGAACAUCCAGGAGGUCCAAGAAAGGAGCCGAGAGGUCUCUCCCAACACACAGAAAACUACAGACUCCAGCCAUUUGUCUCAAGAAAACAAAUCAGGCAACUCCUCCGCCCACAGUUCUCCAGAGUUUGCAGCCACAAAGAACAGUUUGGCGAUGUGUUGCAGAGCGCCUUCCAUCCCUGAGGCUCAGGACUUGUCUCGCUCCUCCUCCAACGCCAGCAGCUUCGCCAGCGUUGUGGAGGAGCACGAGGCCGAGGAGGAGUAUGAAACUGGACUGGAAAGUGUGUCUUGUGUUACUCCAGUAAAAAAAGACUCAUUUGUUUAUGGGUCUGCCAUGGAGGACAGUUCCUGCAGCCAAGGAAGUCUUUCAGCUUCCCGUCUUCAGCAGCAAGCAGACGGGGUGAAGACAUCGGAGCCAAAAGGGACAGAUAGCCAGCCCAAGACGGAGCGCCCCCAGCAGGAGCAGAAGCUGUCGUCGAACUGUUAGCUGCUGUCUUCUGAUCACCAUGUUGGCAUCCAUUUUAAGAGACGUUAUUUAAUGUAAAAGAAGAGUUAAAGACAACCGAAGGAGGGCAAGAGACGUCCGAAGCUGAUGUAGAGAAGAAAUACAAUUGGGGUUGAGCAAGCGAUGGACAGAUCCUCCCUUGAACGUUCAACACGGAUCUGCUGCUUAUCAGGACGGACA